GUGUUGGCUACGUGCGCAUCAACGUGUUCAUUUGUGAACCAAACUCUUAGGCCCCAUCGAUUCCUUCAUUCGCAAUGGUUUUGGUUUUUGGAUAUAUGAUGAGAUUCCGACAUUAGAAAACACGCUUACAUACACUUUUCAGUUUUCCCCUUCUUUUUCUUUUCUUCGGUUCAUUCGUUGCUAAUGCUCUUUCAGAAACACUAAUAGACAUGUCUCUUCCAAGAGCCACAACAGUAGGCAAUAAUAGUCCAAAUAACAGCACUCUUCAACAGCAACUGAUGAACAAUGAAGGAGGAAUAGCAGCAGCACCAACUUCUUCUUCUUCUUGGAAUAGGGUUACCAACAACAAUAACAUCAGAAACUCUGUUAAUCCUAUACCUCCACAAAAGAGAAGCAAACUUGAAGAUAGCGACGAAGAUCUGUUCACAGUUCCUGAUGUGGAAACCAUGCUGAGUGUGCAUUCUUCAGCGACAAAUACAAAUAGUGGUAACGUUGAUCAAAGCAACGCAAUAGACUCUCAGCUUCAAGCUGCCGUUGCUGGGAAACGCCGCCGUGGAAGAAACCCUGUAGACAAGGAAUAUAGACGCCUCAAGAGUCCAACCAGAGACUCAGGUCCAGCUAUGGACCACCGACCCAUCAGGUUACUCAACCCGGAUCGAGAGGUGACCUGCGCGUCGCCUCACACCUUGCUGAGAAGACUUGGACAGCUAACAGAAGCUUCCAAGCAUAUGGACCCAAGUGAAAGGACCCACCGGGUUUCAGAGGUGGCCUCACCCGCUAACCAACGGAAGAUUCAGACGAAAGUUUGUCUUUCUCGAAGUUUGCACCCUAAGCUAGAUCCCCCAUCACACCCAGUUGCUCCAACCUCGACUCCACCCGAACCGCCAUUCACCCGAGUAACUGAACAUUGGCGCUGUCUGUGGAGAGCUGGCGUCAACAUGGAGCUUUUCCCUCGUAGAGAGGAGAUACGUGAAGAAGGGGGAGCCUGCUUGAGAAGCAGGGUAAGCUCCGCAACAUCUUCUCAAGUAUUUUCGAGACCGCUGUCCCGUCAGGAUGACGCCCUCUCGAUCUCCCGAGAGAUGCCAGUUUGGUGGCAUAGGUGAUGACAACUCGAAGAUUAUGCAAGAACUUCGGUAUUGAGCGCAAAACUUGGAGAGGGAUCUGGCCGCGAGUGACCGUUACUAUCCCGAACACAGCAAAGGCUCCCGCCCAAACCUGUCUUGUACCCGGUCACCGACUAAGGGACCAGAGGACCAUAGGAGCCCAGGAGGGUCAACGAGCACAGACGAACCGAUGGCUGGUCUCACACCUACACCCAUGGCAGAUCGGAAGGCCAUGGGGAGACAAGAAGAGAUAAAGAGAAGAAGCAGCGGGAUCCCAUUAUUAUAGGCGCAACCUCUUUUCAUCCCUUUAUUCUCAAGGUCCGGCUACCAAAAAAUUUUGACAAGGCUACGGACAUGAGAUAUGAUAGAACAAAAGACUCCCAGGAAUAUUUGACAGCCUUUGAGGCCAUAAUAAACCUGGAGGGUGGUGAUGCUGUCAGGUGCCAUGCUUUUCCAUAAACCUUUCCCACAAGUCUAUUACGGCCUUCGCGGAUAUCUCUCAGAGGUUCUUAGCGCAAUUCACCACAUGGAUAUCCAAGGCCAUGCACCCAAUUAACUAGUUAAGUGUGACGUAGUGUGCUGUCGAGCCGACGAGGAAGUUCCUCGAUCGUUUCAAGAUGAAUUCCUAGAGAAUUAUGGCUCGACGGACUUGGUGGCGAGUCUAUGCUUAACAAAUGGCCUGUUGAAUGAGGACCUCAGGAAACAUCUCACUAUCAAGCCAGUUUGGACUGCGCAAGAAAUCCAAAAUGUGAGGGAGUAUAUCAACGAUGAAGAAGUUAGUCAAGUUGUGGCUGCCAAUAAGCGGCAGCCACCCAACCUGCCAGCUCGUCAAGCCGGUUACAUGAAAAAUCCAAAGCAGGUGCCAAAGGAGAGAACGUUCGGGAAGCCACUUAAACUGUUUCCCCGAGUAAGCAAGUUUACUAACUAUACUCCUCUCAUAGAACCUAUUGUGGAAAUCUAUUAGCAAAUUGCGGACAAAGACAUACUGUCCAAAUCUCGGCAGCUCAAGGAUAGAACGGGUGGAAACAAAAGUUUGUAUUGUAACUACCACAAGAUUUUUGGACACAAGACCUAAGAAUAUUUCAAUUUGAAGGAUGCUUUGGAGCAGGCCAUUCAAAAAGGUAAAUUGACUGAGUUCUCACAAUUUAUAGAACCAAGAAGAAGAGAACGUGAACAGUCUGAGGAGGACCGCAGCCGAGCUGUGAAGCCAAGGCAGCGGGCUCCCGAUAAUGCGGAAAAUGCUCCAACUGUGGUCAUCAAUAUUGUAGUCGGAAGGGAUGCACCACCCAAGUCAAAAUCAUCAUAAAAAAGGGAUGGAAAGGUUCUGGCAGUGACAUCGGGAAGCCCUAACACUCAAUCCGGAGUGCUCCCCAAAAUUUCUUUCAGCUUGAAAGAUCACUGGUGCAACAACCUCUCCUAGGACCGGCCAAUGGUGAUUACGACGAGAAUCGGGAUGGGACUCGUCAAUCAAAUUUUGGUGGACACCGGAGCGGACUCGAAUAUCAUUCUUAGGAAUGUGUUCGAUGCCCUAAGGCUCAAAGAAGGAGAUCUCCGAUGGACUGGUCACGCUUCCGAUCUGUGUUGGAUUCGGGGAGAAUAAGAAACCAGCGAUGGCAGAGUUCGUGGUCCUAAGGGACUCCACAGCAUACAAUGUGAUCUUAGAGAGGAGGACUAUCAACGAGCUGUCAGCUGUUAUUUGCACGAAACUUCUCACAAUGAAGUUCGUAACAAACAGAGGAGUUGUAGCAUCUAUUAGAAGAUACUUAAAAACGGCAGUCACGUGUGACAAUGCCAGUCUCUAAUUAAGGAAGAAGUUAAAGGAAGCAGUUGGGGUGUUCCUAGAGGAGUUGGAUGCAAGGGUUGACGACAAACUGAGGCUAGAGUCUCAGGGCGACCUGGAGAAGUUCUGGGUGGAAGACGCGGUGUAUAAGUUUACCUUUGUAAACUGGAACCUCCCCCAAGAGUUAAAAAAACCUCGCAUCGAGGCUAUCUGAACAAAUAGUGAUUUAUUCACCUGGACCCCGGCUGACAUGCCAGGGGUGGACCUCGAUUUCAUGUCACGUCGUCUGGCUAUGAAAUUAGACCCCAAACCAGUAACACAACGAUGAAGCAAGAUGUCACUAGAAAGGGCUAACGAAGUGGUUAGGCAAACGGCCAACUUGUUAGAAGCCUAUUUCAUAAGAGAGUUAAAGUACUUAACAUGGCUCUCGAACGCAGUCCUUGUCAAGAAAGCCAAUGGGAAAGGAGAAUGUGCGUCGAUUAUUCGGAUCUUAACAAGGCAUGCCCAAAAGAUUCGUUUCCGCUUACUAACAUCGAUGCCCUAGUAGAUGCGGUUGCAGGGUACCGGUUUCUGAACUUCAUUGACGCGUAUUCAUGGUACAAUAAGAUCUUGAUACACCUCCCUAACGAGGAAAAAAUGGCAUUCAUAACACCAACAGGGACCUACUGCUACAAGGUCAUUCAGUUUGGACUAAAGAAUGCGGGAGUCACAUAUUAAAGGUUAAUGAGCAAAGUCUCAAGGAGCUCAUCGGCAAGUCAGUGGUGGUCUACGUCAAUGAUAUAUUGGUAAAGACAGCCGAACCAAGCAACCUGGUUGCUGACUUAGAAGUUGUCUUCGGGUUGCUUCGGAAGCACAAUAUGAGGCUGAACCCUCUAAAAUGCGUGUUUGCAAUGGAGGCAGGAAAGUUUUUGGACUUUAUGAUCACGCAAAGAGAGGUUGAAGCCAACCCAGACAAAUGCGAAGCAAUCAUUCGGAUGACAACCCAGGGUGUGUCAAAGACGUACAAAGCCAUCAUUCGGAUGACAACCUAGGGUUUGUCUCGUUUCCUCAGGGUCUCAGCAGCAAAGGCCCUCCCUUUUUUCAAUUUAAUGAAAAAGGGAAUAGCCUUUAAAUGGACCCCGGCUUGCGAGGAAGCCUUCAACCACUUCAGAGGAUCCUAUUGGAACCACCAAUACUCGAGAAGCCGAAAGAAGGAGAGACUCUAUUCCUUUAUUUAACCGUGACGGAGGAGGCCAUGGUGGCCAUUUUGAUUCGGAAAGAAGACGAACUCUAACAACCAGUAUACUUCAUUAGCAAGGUGCUCCAAGGGGCGGAGCUGAUGUACACUAAGUUGGAAAAAAUAGCCUAUGCUCUAUUAAUCUCCUCCCGGAGGUUAAGACAAUAUUUUCAAGGGCACCCGAUCACACUGAGGACUGACCAAGCCAUUUGACAGAUCUUGAAAAAAUUUGACCUAGCGGGUCGUGUGAUGACUUGGGCGAUAGAGUUAUCUCAGUAUGACAUCCAAUACAAGCCUUGACAUGCAAUCAAUGUUCAAGUAAUGAAAGAUUUCUUGGUAGAGGUGAUUGGGGAUUCCUCUAGAAAUCCGGGCAUAUGGUGGAAGCUCCAUAUUGAUGGAGCCUCCAACCAAGCAUUCGGGGGGAGCCGGGAUCAUUUUGGAAAGCUCGGAAGGUAUGACCUAUGAGCAGUCAAUCAAAUUCGAGUUUUCAGUCUCAAACAACCAGCCUA